AUGGUCCCCAACAACACCACAGCUCUUAGUACCGGCUUUGACCUGGAAUGUAGAGACAAUCCAGCUGGGUUCGCAUUCUGGGCGACUUUGAAGUCUCUAAGUGUUAUCCUGGGAUUGCCAGCCAAUGUGACAGUGCUGUGGAUUUUACUGAGGAAAAAAACUGCCAUCUCAUCUUCUGAGGUGUUCAUACUGAACCUGGCUGUCAUGGAUAUUUUGUGUUGCCUCAAUGCGCCCCUUGGAAUAUAUAAUUACUACUUUCUAAACAAUCCAAUUGCUUACUCAGUAAUAUUUGUUUUACUUAAUUUUAAUCUGACAGGGGUUCCUCUGUUCCUUUGCUGUAUCUGUGUGGAGCGUUACAUGGCUGUGGUGCAUCCAGUCACCUACCUGGGGCUCAAGUCACUCACCUAUAGAGUGGUGUGCUCUGCUGUGGCAUGGGCUAUUAUUGUCCCCUUCUCCAUCUAUCUAGGUAGAACAGCCUUUGUAUCCCCUGCAUAUGUAAUCUUAGGUUUCAUCUCUGCCUUGUUUAUUGUCAUGGUUUUCUGUAACAUCUCCAUCCUGAGGGUCCUGAGGAGGUCUUCUCCAGGGAGAGACGAGAUCCAUCCCAUGAAGAAGAAAGCCUUGCAGAUCGUUUUUACCAUUUUAAUGAUUGUGUUAGUUUCCUAUUUACCAGUAGUAGCUGUCUUCCCAUUUAAAUCAUAUUUCAAUCCUAUGAUAUUUCAAUGUUAUAUAAGUCCAUUAUGCUAUAGCUUCUUUAUCCCCAGGAACUUCAUACAGCCUUUGCUCUACCUGUCUAAUGUGGGUGCAUUGCCUUGUGGGCAGUUUCCAUGCAAUGGGGCGUGCUGUAUAGCACUGAGCCCCACUCCAUGA